AUGGCAUUUUCGGUUCCUCAACUCACCAAAGACAACUACAAAAAUUGGUGCACCAAAAUGAAGGCACUUCUUGGCUCGCAAGAUGCAUGGGAGAUGGUUGAAAAAGGCUAUGUGGAGCCUGAAGAUGAAGCGACUUUGAUGGAGAAUCAAAGGCAAUCGCUAAGGGAGUCAAGGAAGAAGGACAAGAAGGCUCUUUUCUUGACUUAUCAAGGGUUAGAUGAAGCCACCUUUGAGAUUGUUGGAGCUGCUACAACAUCAAGACAAGCUUGGGAAUUUCUUCAAAAAGCAUACAAGGGUAUUGAUAAGGUAAAGAAGAUUCGUCUUCAAAGCCUUAGAAGUGAUUUUGAGACUUUACAAAUGAAAGAUUCAGAAUCUAUUGUUGAUUAUUUUACAAGAGUUAUAGUGAUUGUUAAUCAAUUAAGGAGGAAUGGUAAAACUCUAACUAAUGUUCGAGUGGUGGAAAAGGUGUUGCGGUCUUUGGACCCGAAAUUUGUUUUUGUUGUUGCAGCCAUAAAAGAAUCCAAAGAUUUGGAGGAAGCGACAAUUGAAGAAAUUAUGGGCUCUUUGCAAGUUUAUAAAAAAAAGCUUAACAGAAGAAAGGAAGAAAAGCCAUUGGAGCAAGUUCUACAAACGAAGCUUACUACAAAAGAAGAUUAUGGGAGAACUCAAGAAAGAGCCUGA